AUGGGUGUUGUUGGUGUUAAAAAUGCCAGGAGCAAGUGUCUAAGGCAUUAUAUCAACCUGGAAAGGGACGAAGGAAAUAUUCCAAUUCCGAAGCAUCGCCUGGACCAACUAAAGAGAAAGGGAGGAGGGGCGCCGCAUAUGGCAGUGGGAAUGGUGACGGUGACUACUUCUGUCCCACCCCCUUUUCCCGCAUCUUCGAGCCUUGACAAAGAGUGUUGGUUAAUUAACCUGAUCCACAUGGCCAUAGAAAACGAACAUUACUCUCGAAAACACCAACCACCCCCAGAGAGUUCCGAACGGGAUUCCUUCUCAGAAGAGUUCGAGCACCGGAUUCCAUCCAACAAGGCUCAUCCUACGCUCAGUGACGAAUAUCAGCACAGCGGCGCCGAUUCGCAGCACCCCAAGCGUCCGGAACUAAGUCCUGAGGAACGAAAAAUACAGGAUAAGGUCGAGGAGGAUGUGAAAAAGCAUAAUGAGGAGAUGAAAAAGAGAUAUGAUAGGACAUAUGUUCAACUUGGUAAUCACGGCGAGUUUAGAGCAUUGGAGGAAGAGGUUGAGGAGUUUAGGAAUCGGGUGAACUAA